UGGCUCAUAAGUUUGAUUUUGGAUUGUGCACGAUUUCAGGCGUCCGAUAAAGUACUAAUAUAGUUCUAAGAAAAAUGUCUCCUUCCUUGUAGAGAUAAUGUUCAGAAAACAAGAGGUCCAAAAUACCGGAAGCCAACACAACUAAAAUUCUGGUUCUGAAGAGCCCCCUUUAUUGUUUUCCAACCCAUGCAAUGCAAAUACAUGCUUCCACUGUCAUGAAAAGAUGAUUAAAUUCAUUCAUCCUUCCACUCCUACCAAUAUCAAGUAUAACAUCCACAGCAGCAGAAUCCACAAUACAAAAGGUUAUACUGUGUGUCUCUGCAAGUCCAAUGAAUCUGAUUCUCAAGCUCCCCAACCAGGAGAUAUACGUAAGCAAGAAAUUCUAGCACAAAUUGCCAUGCUUCAAACUCAAAAAGUCCGUCUCACAAAUUAUCUAGACGAGAGAUCUGCAUAUUUAGCCAAGUUUGGUGAAGAAGCUAAGGCUGAGUUUGACAAGAUUGGAGAAGAUGCGCUCCAAGGAUUAGAUGAAGCUAGUGCCAGAAUAACAGCAAACAUAGAGAGCCAGAAGGUAGAGUUUGAGGAAUCUGCAGAACUCUUCAGACAAGAGAUUGAGGAGAGCGAAAAGGAACUAGAUGAGUUUGAAGUUCAAAUGGAGGAUGGAAGAAACGAAGGGCUAUUCUUUAAGAACCUUAGAAAGAAAGCACCUGUUGACAAAGCAAAAGCUAAAGAGGAGGCGGAAAAAAUAAAAAAUGUAACCAGAGAAAAAGCUGGUAGCAGAACAAGAAAAGGAAUUUACCUCUUCUUUAUUGGCCUGCUUACCUUUCUAAUUGUUGAUUCUAUUGCCUCAUCGUCAACUGAUUGGAGGAAAGAAGCAGUUCUUGGAGCUAUUGUUCUGGCUUUAGUUUCUCAGCUCAUCUACGAACAGUCGAUUUCUUCAGAAACUGGAAAAACAAGAAAGGCCAAUACUGAAGAGAAAAAGGACUGAAGUUCAAUUUUUUACUGAGAUUGACCGAGAGUUUCUGGGAAAGACAGAAUUAUUUAUGGAUAUUGCAUGAGCAAUAAACCCAGGUGGAAGCUUAUAACUUGGGCCUGAUAACAUCAUGCAGCUUUGCUUUUGCAUCAACAACAGCAGAUCUUGGUUAUAUAACUGCAAUCACCAAAAUCUGGGCAACUUGGUUACCGUGCGAUGCUUUUCUUUCAUAUCUUUUGUUAAAACAGAAAAACAUACUUUUAUCAUCAUCCUAGCUUUUAGAAAUGUACAUUUGGAAGCUAA